CGCGAGCGCCGGCGGCGGCGGCGGUUGCGCAGUGUGGCCACAUCCGGGCGCCGGGGCAGGAUGAAUGCUCCUUUCCAAGAUGGCGGCGGAGGGAGGAGGGAAGGAGAUGAACGAGAUUAAGACCCAGUUCACCACCCGGGAGGGGCUGUACAAGCUGCUGAGCCACUCGGAGUACAGCCGGCCCAACCGGGUGCCCUUCAACUCGCAGGGCUCCAACCCGGUGCGCGUUUCCUUCGUCAACGUCAACGACCAGAGCGGCAACGGGGACCGGCUCUGCUUCAAUGUGGGCCGGGAGCUCUACUUCUACAUCUACAAGGGGGUCCGCAAGGCUGCGGACUUGAGUAAACCAAUAGACAAAAGGAUAUACAAAGGAACACAACCUACAUGCCAUGACUUCAAUCACUUAACAGCCACAGCAGAAAGUGUUUCUCUUCUAGUGGGCUUCUCAGCAGGCCAGGUCCAACUUAUAGACCCUAUUAAAAAAGAAACUAGCAAAUUAUUUAAUGAGGAAAGACUAAUAGACAAGUCCAGAGUAACCUGUGUAAAAUGGGUACCAGGUUCGGAAAGCCUUUUCCUAGUAGCUCAUUCCAGUGGCAAUAUGUACUUAUAUAACGUGGAGCACACUUGUGGUACCACAGCCCCGCACUACCAGCUACUUAAACAAGGAGAAAGUUUUGCAGUUCACACUUGCAAGAGUAAAUCCACAAGAAACCCUCUGCUUAAAUGGACAGUAGGUGAGGGUGCCCUGAAUGAAUUUGCCUUUUCCCCAGAUGGGAAAUUCUUGGCCUGUGUGAGCCAGGAUGGUUUUCUUCGUGUGUUUAACUUUGAUUCGGUGGAAUUGCAUGGUACAAUGAAAAGCUACUUUGGAGGACUGCUGUGUGUGUGUUGGAGUCCUGAUGGGAAAUACAUAGUGACAGGUGGAGAGGAUGACUUGGUAACAGUUUGGUCUUUUGUGGACUGUCGAGUAAUAGCGAGAGGCCAUGGACAUAAAUCAUGGGUCAGUGUCGUUGCAUUUGAUCCGUAUACCACUAGCGUAGAAGAGAGUGACCCGAUGGAAUUUAGCGGCAGUGAUGAGGAUUUCCAAGACCUUCAUUUUGGCAGAGAUCGAGCAAAUAGUACACAAUCUAGGCUAUCCAAAAGGAACUCUACAGACAGUCGUCCAGUAAGUGUUACGUAUAGAUUUGGUUCGGUAGGCCAGGACACGCAGCUCUGUUUAUGGGAUCUUACAGAAGAUAUCCUCUUCCCCCACCAACCUCUCUCAAGAGCAAGGACACAUACAAAUGUCAUGAAUGCCACAAGUCCACCCGCUGGAAGUGGUGGAACUAACCCAGGAAGUAAUGGAAACAGUAUCACAACACCUGGAAACUCUGUACCCCCUCCUCUUCCACGGUCAAACAGCCUUCCACAUUCUGCAGUCUCAAAUGCUGGCAGUAAAAGCAGUGUCAUGGAUGGUGCCAUUGCUUCUGGUGUUAGUAAAUUUGCAACCUUAUCGCUACAUGAUCGGAAGGAAAGACACCAUGAAAAAGAUCACAAGAGAAAUCAUAGCAUGGGACAUAUAUCUAGCAAGAGCAGUGACAAACUGAACCUAGUUACUAAAACCAAAACGGACCCAGCUAAAACUUUGGGAACACCUCUCUGUCCCAGAAUGGAAGAUGUUCCCUUGUUAGAGCCUCUUAUCUGUAAAAAGAUAGCACAUGAAAGACUGACUGUGUUAAUUUUUCUUGAAGACUGUAUAGUCACUGCUUGUCAGGAGGGAUUUAUUUGCACAUGGGCAAGGCCUGGUAAAGUGAGAUAAAGUAUGCAGUACCAAAAAUCAGGAUUUAUGUAUUGGCCAAUAUGGAAAACUUUAAUGACAGGUAAGUAACUUUCAUGCUAAAGUUAUCACUUUCAAAAUUAAUAUAUUGCACACUGAUGUAAAUGCCAUAUUGUUUAGGAAGUAUUUACUUAGAAAUUUUCAAAUGAAUUUGUUUUUCUGAUAUCACUUGCAUUUCUAGUGAGCUCACUCUGCUGGUAAAAACUAAAUUUUGAUGGCAUGUUUACAGGGGUUUGAUAGGAAAAUAUUUGUGCCAGAAGGACGUUAUGAGCAUUCUUUUUGUUUAUAGGAAAGCACUUAACUUUAUUUAAUGAGAAUUGUCAAAGUAUAAAACACUCAUGGUAAUGUCUUUCUUACUGGGUUAUAUACCAUUCAUUUCCGUUUUGCCAACUGUUACAUCCUAGGCCAUCCCAUUGCUCUAGGGUUUAAAGCUGCUAUUUCUAGUCUUCCUUUUGAAAUAUUGGGUCCCCAAGUGAUCUUAAAACUCCGUCACUUUUUUGUCUGCCAACUCUAGAGUGAAAGCCUCUAAAUCUUGCUGCUUCUUCCAUCACUGCCUCAAAAGGCCUUCAUUAAAUUCACGGCACUGCCAGCCUAAAGAAAGAAUUGGAUGGAAAACUGAAGCAGAUUUGCAGUGUUUAAUGUAAUUUCCAUUGAGCCAGUGCUACUUUUCCCUCAUUUUUAAUAGCCAUCAAAAGACAUGCCGGAUAAUUGGACAAUGCAUGACAAGGUCUCUGAAUUUUUCUGGUUGGACUGGUGCUGCCCUUAGUGGAAAAAAUCCAGAAAUGUCUCUUCAACCAAGAUCCUUAUGAUAGUUGAUAGGCUGUACUGUGCUUACAGUGUCCUGCCAGUUUGUUUACAAACUUUACAAAUUAUUACUUCGAGUGUAUACAUAAUCAUACCUUGAGCUUCCUCACUGGAUAUACUAUCCUUACAUUACACUUCCAGAACUGUUGUACUAACUCCCAAUCAGAGUGAGGUCAAGUGAAUGGAAAAAUUCAGUAAGAAACAAGUUCAAUGAGGCUUAGAAUACCUUAACUUUUUUUAUUCCCAUUUUGUUAGUCUGUUUGUAAGAUAGAAGGUUCAGGGUAGUGAGAAAAGUAGGUUGCCUUAACAAGAGUAUGGACUUCCUAAUCAACAUGGUGACAAUUAGCUGUCUCCUUUUCCCCUUCUUGCCCAGCCCCAAUGGAAAGCGUAAAUGGGAUUGUACAACUGUUGUAUUAAUCCUAAAAUGUAAGAGAAAAACAUCUCAAAGGAAACAAGGUAAACUUCAUGUGUUAUCUUUAUAGCUACUUCAAACUGAAUUAUAGGAACUGCAGAACCAGAAACACUAUUGAAAGAAAAAAAAGUGGUACUGUGGUACCUGCAUAUGCAAAGUAGGUUUUCUCUGAACUUAAUAGUCAGAGAAACAAUCUAUAUGAUUUCUGUGUCUGACUUAGGGAUUAAUUUUUCAUCUUGUACAGUGACUCCAUUUUAUCUAAAUGAAAGCUGCUGAUUAGUUGCUUCCUUUGUCAGAAAGCUCAAGGUAAGAUUGGACAGAGCUAUGAACAGGUGAAAUGGCAGUGUAUAACCUAGCAAGACAAACAUGUUACCAUUUUGUAAAACAAAUGCACAUGGAAUUUAUUUAUUUGACUUAUUGUACAGGAAAAUUUAGACUUAAAUUAUAACAUCCUUGAAUUUUCUAGUUAACUACAAUUGUAGUACAGUAUCAUGUUUUAGUAUGAUUUCUGUUAUAGUAGAAGUACUUAAACAUUCAUGUACUAUAUUUGAGUGAGAUGAGCAGCUAUACAUACUAAUUCUUCCUCAAUGGAAAGGAGCAUUUCAUCAUUACAAUUGAAGUUCAAUUGCUGGUAUUUAAGUACUAUCAAAUAGAUUUCUUUCAACGUGAUACGGUAUCUGUAUAAACUUCAGGGAUGAUUAUAGUAAAACUGAAACACAGCUAUAUGACUUCAGGUUACCAUGCUGAAAUUUGAAGCUUUCUGUAAUGUGCAUAAUAGCAAAGUUGCACAUAGCAUACCCGCAUUAUCAGGGUGAAUUUAAACCUAGUACACUGGUGUGAUAUUUAUAGCAAGGUAUGUGUGUUUGCGCGUGUGCGUGUGUGAGAAGGUGUGACUAGUGGCUCCAGUAAAGCCAGGAAAGAUCAUAACCCUGUAAAGGCUUUAUGAUGAGGAUGUCUGGAUUAGGAAAUAACAUGACUUUUACUAAACACUUUUUAGAAAACCCAUGUUCUGAAUUAUCACCUCUUACAAUUUGGUUAUGUACUUGGAAUGACUGUAUAUGUCUGCCCCUUUAACAAUAUAAAGCUUCUAAAUUAAUAUUUAAAAUGCUGGCCUGCUUAUGUUACAAUAAUAAAUUUUGUGUCAGUUAAUUUACUGUCAAUUUACAUGUAAAAAUUAAACAAUUUUUUUCUGCAUUUUAUGAAUUCUGUAUACUGGAGUUUGUUAAAGAUUGACAUGUUAGGUGAUACUGUACAAAAUUGUAUUGACUACCUUUAGUGAAAAUCAAAAGUAAAAUUCAUAUGUAUUUCCUUUUUACACUUCCAUCUAAUUUCUUGACAACUUGAAUAAAUUUCAUAGAGCCUUUCUAACAUGAACUAUUGUUAAUUUAACUGUUGCAAUAAUUAAGCUUUAAGAAGUAUUGUUGGUAUAUUUAUAAUUUUAAGAAAAUCAUGUUUGUUUCAUACUGCUUAUUUUUAGCUGUUCUAUUGUCACUGUUACAGCUGAAGAACUUUACUAAAUACUUGACAUUACAAAAUAACUUGCUGGGGUUGUCCUCUGUAUACUGAUGUUAAAUAAAAAUGUGUGAUUGAACUGUAAAUGUAGAUAACUUUCAAUAGUCCUUUUCCACAUUGAGUUUUAAUUUAUCUUGCAGUCCUUAGGUGGUCUUUUGCUAUCAUAUUGUGCUGAACAAAUGGCCACAAUGAAAACUGUUAACUUGCCAUAUUUUGAAGUAAGAAGUUGAUUGCAUCCUGUAACCUGCUCUGAGUAAAUGUUUCACUUCAAUUCAAGAUAAUACAUACAUUUUUGAUGUUUAAAUCUUGCUGAUAAGGUCAUGUCUUCUGAUAUUUUUCUAGGAAUAGAGUAAUAUGAAAUAGAGUAUCUAU